UGGGAUAUUUAUUGGAUCAACGAGUUCACCAGCACGCUCGGCAUCGGCGUCUUCCACUCAGGGAUCGAAAUCUACGGCCGAGAGUUUGCCUACGGGGGACACCCGUACCCCUUCUCAGGGAUCUUCGAAAUCACGCCGGGUGACGCCACCGAGCUGGGCGACACUUUUAAAUUCAAAGAAGCCAUCGUCUUGGGUAGCACCGAUUUCACCGAGGACGACGUGGAGCGGAUCGUGGAGGAAAUGGGCAAAGAAUACAAGGGCAACGCGUACCACCUUAUGCACAAAAACUGCAACCAUUUCUCCUCGGCGCUCUCGGAGAUCCUGUGCGGCCGCGAGAUCCCGCGCUGGGUGAACCGCUUAGCCUACUUUAGUUCGUGCGUGCCCUUCCUGCAGAGCUGCCUGCCCAAAGAGUGGCUGACGCCGGCCGCCCUGCAGUCCAGCGUCAGUCAGGAGUUGCACGCCGGCGGCGAACCGGAAGAGGCCGAAGACGCCGUGGCCUCCGCCUCGCUGGCUGCCGUGGCGCCGUCCUCUUCGUCCUCCCGUCACCAGCCGCGGCGGUAG